AUGGUUACCGUGUUGGCUCUGAUCCUUCUCCUCACCAAUUUAAGCACUUCCCUCACAAGCGCGACGCUACCUUCUCCCAGGUCCAGUCAACUUACAGAGACACUUGCAUCUUCAAUAGUCUCGCGAAGUAUCAUACCAGCAGGCUGUUAUGCCACAAUUCCCGUCGGCUGGGGUGAUUAUCUAGUCAACCGAACGAUCAAUAUAUGUUACCCAUAUUUGGAACCUACCUGUGAAAGGCUUGCUAAGGCUACACUCGCGAAAUGGACCGAUUUCUGUGCACAAUGGGAUUCGGAAGGUAAAAACCCUGCGAAGACCUGCCAGUGGAAAACGAAUAAGCCAUUCACCACCUACAAGGACGCCCCUGAGCAUGAUGAGAGUCUAAAUAUGCCCUAUCGAGUGCCCGGCCCCUUGAGAUGUUGUCCCCCACCAUACGAAGGGCUGGGCGUGGCCAGCUUUCACAUGCAAGACAACAUCUGCAGGAUGUGGAAGGUCAAAAACGAUGGAGAGUACCGUUAUUAUUCUCAAAACUUCCCCUUGUACGGAGUUUACGAUGAAGAAUACAACUACGAAAACAUGAACAUCUGGUCAUACGACGACCGGACUGGAAUUUCUGACCAUAUUACUCUCUUGGAUGAAGAAGCGAGAGAAGAUCUCAGAACAGAUUAUUUCCCCCUCACGUUGGAGGACCUUAUCAAGGCUGAGAAUGAUGAUAACAGGAAGGAAAACAGGCAUGGACAUCUAUCGCCAUUCUACUGA